AUGGUGUCCCAAAGAGGAAUAGAAGCCAAUCCAGAAAAAGUACAAGCUAUCAUUGACAUGGCCCCACCCAAGACUGUCAAGGAGGUACAAAAACUUACAGGAAGGAUAGCAGCUCUAAAUAGGUUCGUCUCUAGGGCCACAGAAAAAUGCCUGCCCUUUUUCAAAACCCUCAAGCAAGCUUUCGUUUGGACCGACGAAUGCGAAGCAGCGUUCCAAGAGCUGAAGCGAUACCUGAGCAGUCCACCUCUCCUGAGCCCGUCCAAAGGAGGGGAGAACCUAUACUUGUACCUGGCGGUGUCAGCCUCGGCAGUCAGCGCAGCCUUGAUUAGAGAAGAGGGCAAAAAGCAACUCCCGGUGUACUACGUCAGUCAGGCCUUUCAAGGAGCUGAGUUCAGAUACCCGAGGAUUGAAAAGAUUGCGUUCGCGCUUAUAGUAGCCUCGCGCAAGCUCAGGCCGUAUUUCCAGUCAAAUCCUAUCCUUGUGAUGACGGAUCAGCCAAUUAAGAAAUCAAUGAACAGACCAGAAGCAGCAGGGAGAAUGGUCCAAUGGGCAAUCGAACUCAGCCAAUUUGACAUCGAGUACCAUCCAAGAGCAGCCAUCAAGGCACAAGCUCUGGCUGACUUCAUCGCCGAAUUCACUCUUCCAGACGAAGAAGGAACUACAGACGAAGUUGAUAAAUGGACAAUACAGACAGAUGGUUCGUCGGCCCAAAAGAGGGGGGGAGUAGGGGUCGUCAUAACUACCCCCGACGGAGAAGUGAUGAAGUAUGGAGUUCAACUGGAAUUCCCAGCCACCAAUAAUGAAGCCGAAUAUGAAGGAAUAUUGACGGGCUUGAGGCUUGGAAAAGCUCUUGGUGCCAAAAAUUUGCUGGUCCAGAGUGAUUCAAAGCUGGUAAUCGGACAGAUCAGUGGAGAGUACGAGGCAAAGGAGGAAAGGAUGCAGAAAUACCUUAAACUGACGAGGCAAUUAACUCAGGAGUUCGACACAGUGGAUUUCGUCCAGAUACCAAGAAACCAGAAUAUUGAAGCUGACGAAGUGUCGAAACUAGCGUCGUCAGAAGCAGGAAUGACAAGCACAGACGUGGCAAUAGAAAUUCAGAAAUGCCCAAGUAUUGAAGAGGUAGCAGUGCUCACCACCCAGGGAACAAACACCUGGAUGACGCCCUUAAUAUCCUUCCUCCGAGACGGACACUUACCUCAGAAUACUGACGAAGCCAGAAAGGUCAGAAAGAGAGCGGCUAGGUUCACGAUCCUAAAUGACGUCUUGUACAAGAGAGGCUUCUCUAUGCCCUACCUGAAGUGCGUCGGCGAGGAUGAGGCCAAAUACAUCCUAGAAGAAGUACACGGAGGAGUUUGUGGCGACCAUGCCGGCCCCAGAUCCCUAGUAAACAAGGUGAUAAGAGCGGGGUACUUUUGGCCAACCAUGCAGGGGGAUGCUGCUAACCUCGUCAGAAGAUGCAACAGAUGCCAGCGGUACGGGAAUGUACAACGGCUUCCAGCAGAGAAGAUGACGACCAUAUCCUCCCCAUGGCCAUUCGCGCAAUGGGGAAUCGACAUCGUCGGUCCUCUGCCCCAAGUAGAGGCCCUAGCAACCAUCACUGAGGCUCGGAUCCGGAGCUUCGUGUGGAAAAACAUUAUCUGUAGGUUCGGGAUCCCUUUGACGAUCAUAUCUGAUAAUGGGAAGCAGUUCGAUAGCCAAGGCUUCAGAGAGUUCUGCUCGAACCUCGGGAUCAAGAAUCAGUUCUCAUCCCCGGGACACCCCCAGGCAAAUGGACAGACAGAAGUAACAAACAGGACGUUGCUCAAGAUAAUCAAAACCAAGCUCGACGAAGCAAAAGGUGCCUGGCCAGAAAAGCUGCCUAGUGUCUUGUGGGCAUACAGGACUACAGCCAGAACCCCGACAGGAGAGACGCCCUUCAGGCUUACCUACGGCUCAGAAGCAGUGAUCCCAGUAGAAGUUGGAGUAACAAGCAUCAGGCGAGGAGCUUUUAGAGAGGGACUCAAUGACGAGGGGCUGCGGUUCAACCUGGAUUGCUUGGAUGAAAUAAGAGACAACGCGUCCAGUAGAAUGACAAAGUAUCAAAAGAAAAUGGCCGAGUAUUACAAUAAGAGGGUCAAACUCAGGCGUCUGGCCAUAGGGGACCUCGUCCUUCGCAAAGUCACUAUAGCUACUAAAGACCAUACUCAAGGGAAGCUGGGCCCUACAUGGGAAGGGCCAUAUCGCGUCGUUCAUUACUCUAGGCAAGGGAGUUACCAUCUGGAAACUAUGGACGGACGAAAGCUCCCUCGUCCUUGGAACAUUGAGCAUUUAAAGAAAUACCAUGAGUAA